CCUCAGGCGGGCGACGUCUUUCGCGUACCACGCAACCAACCGCGACUUUAGAAUAUCAACGACAGUUUGGCACGCGAAAGGAUUGGAAAAAAAAAUAUUACACAUUACACAGAACUACUGCUAGAUUAUAUGCGCCUUUUAUGUGUCCAGGGUUGCCCUCCAAUCCCAACCCCAACUGAACUACAACGAGCCCGCGUCCGAAGCGAUCCUCAGCCGUCUCGAGAACUACAACAGCACAAUGCCCUAUAACACAGCCGCAAUCCCUCCCAGAAGGGAGCCCACUGGGCAAACUCAAUUGCCUUUGUCGAGGGUGAAGAAAAUCAUUAGCCAUGAUCAGGAUAUCAACAUGUGCUCCAACAAUGCCGCGUUUGUAAUCACAUUAGCCGCAGAAAUGUUUAUCCAGCAUCUCGCUACAGAAGCGCACACUCAGGCGAAACUGGACAAGAAGCCGAGACGCAAUGUUCAGUACAAAGAUGUUGCCAGCGCUGUAUCCCAUCAAGAUAACCUCGAGUUCCUCGAAGACAUUGUUCCCAAGACCGUACCCUUCAAGAAGAUCAAGGCCAGCGCCUUUGCAACACAAGCCAAGCUUCGCGGUGACAAGAUGACUUCUGAAGACGGCCUGCAAGCAACGCUGGACGCAUCUACUACAAAUGGCACAGCCGCACCGGCAGCUACCAACGGUGAAGGAAGCACAUUUAGCGUACCGCUCCGCAACGACGACCGCCCGGACGACCCGAAUGAACAGCUCGAACUGGAGAUGCGGCAGGCAGCUCAUACGCAGGAUGACGACGUGGAAAUGAGAGGCUAGAGUCUACAUCUCCUGGUCCAUGGUUUGUGACGGCACGAACGAAUGUAUCAGCAAUAGCAUAAAUAAUAAAGUAUUUGUCAAGUUCAUCAUAAUAUAAAAUUCGACCAACUCCGUAAAUCUCGAGCCCGAACGAGAUGAUUUUUUCCCCAGCCAAUCGUGAUAUACUGAAGCGCGUAAAAAUAACGGCAACGAGGACCAAGCACAAAAGUUAUUCCUCCAUGGCAUCGCCCUGGAUGCCGGACGGGAUACGUCCCUCAUUCAGCUCCUUCUCCAGAGCUAUAAUCUCCUGCAGACUAGUAGCCUUCUUUAUUCUUUCUUGUAGGCGCUUCUUCUCUUCGUCUGUCAACUUGAUUCUCGAAAGGCGUGACCUCGACUCGGCGCCACCGUUUGUAGUAGGUUCGAAGUUGGUGGUUCGACUUUGCAUAAUCUCUGUCGCAAGUGCUGUGGGUUCCUCUGCGGUGCCGAAAAGCUCACGGCCUCUCUCCCUCUCCGCUUCCUUGACUUUCUGAUAGUCAAGGAAGCGCACAGACGGGCAUUUCCAUACAACCCAGUAGCGGUAGUGCUGAUUCACAGGUUAGCCGCUGGCAGCUUCAGCUACAUACUUUAUUAGCCACCGAGGAAUGACGUACCUCUUUCUUUGUUACAGGGUUUUCGGCCAACACCAGGUGUGUCAGGCGGGGAAAUCGGGCCAACACAUCGAGGUCUGCUAGUUCGGCAAUGUUGUUUGCCGUCAGGACGAGGUUGGUCAGGUUUGGGAUCGACUUGGCAAGCGAUGCUUGAAUGCUUGCCACGCGGUUGCGCGCUAGCAACACGGUUGUAAUUCGAGGGGAGAGGGGGAAAUUGCCGAGUACCUGGAUAUCAUUAUCGGUAAAGUCGAUGGCAUCGUGUGGCUGCAGCAGGACAGGCGCGUUAGCAGGGACGGGAGAGGGACGGGAGCUGAAGAAUCAAGCCGCUAGUCGAUAGUCCGCUCAAGGGACGGCCCUUUCCAAGGAGACUGCAUUGAUGCAGACGAUCGAGGAGCGCGCAAGGGAGGGAGGCAGAUGAGUAGGGCGGAGGAGGUGAGACUUACGCCGGCGGCACCCAAGUUUUCGAUGGCGGGAAUUCGGUGUCCUGUGGAUAGGCAAGGCAAUUGGAUCAACUCUGUGCUUUGCGAUCAAGGUUAUAGUAGCAUCUGCUCUUUUCAAACAUACCUCGGAGGUCAAGCUCGCGCUCCUUGAGCGGGUUGAGGUAGGAGAGGGAAUCCCGAAUGAGGUCGGCGGUGAGCCUCAUGUUGGUGGGUGUCUUACAAAAUAAAUAGUAUGUAGGCGAUCUGCGAGUAUAGUGGUAUAAUAAUACGAGAUCAUCCACCGUCUAAGGUAUCUGUUGAAUGCGUGGGCGCGGUUGUGCCUUGGCAGCGUUG